ACUGUGUAUGGUCUUCAGGGCAGGGUUAGGGACUCGGACACACCCAACAAGCUGCCUUUGGGGCUGAUAUAAACCAAGCCUCAGAUCAGAGCUGGAAUUGUCAGGUCAAAAGUAAUAUCAGGAAAGAAGCUGUGCUGCUGUACAGGUAAGUGAUCCUGCGCUUAGGAUGAAAAGGGGCAAUGGGAAUAAAUACAAUGAUUAGAGACGGCUGGGUGAGAGAUUGAAAUGUGAAUGGAUUGGUAUUUUGGUGUCACUGCUGUCAAUUCGCAACCUAUAUAUACAUUUAUUUCUUUCUUUAUGUUUAUAGUUAGCAUUUUUGUUUCCAUUCUGUAAAAUGCAACUUGCAACUUAAUUAGUGCAAUGUAUAACUUCCUGUGUCUUUGAAUGGGAUAUAUCAUGCUGUCACACUUAUUAUAUUAAUUCUGUUGCUCUGGUAAUGAUACCGUUCAGUCUAUUCGUGUCCUCUGCACAUCUCACGUGACUACAAAGCAGAAUUUGUUAGCCCCCAAAAUAUAAUAUUGUUAUAGAGUGUGUGUGUAUAUUAUAACUUUAAUAUCACUCCAACUUUUGUGGACUUUGUUUGUUCUUAAUUUAUAAUUUUGAUUCAGUGUUAAUUGUUUGGUUUUCAAACUAAACAAAUAUUUUUAUUUAAUUGUUUUUUUGGAAAUAAAAUUACUGUUUGUUUUUCCUUGAGGACUGGGUGAGGACAAAUCUUCUGUAGUAUUCAAAUGUAUCUCACUCUGGAGAUCUUAAAUAACACAUGAUUUAUGUCUCAAAUCCUCCCACUCACCUGAACCUGUCCUCAUUUAGGCUUUGUGUAAAAACGAAAGAUCUUGGGGGUAGUGUUGUGUUUUUUUUGGUUCGCGAUUGAAUAGAACAUUCUAUACAUACAAAAUCUAGCUAGCUCUACAGAUGUGACAGAAGGCUGGAUGCAGAAACGUUGGGGUGUUUAUGAGUCUCCAGGUCUGGGUUAGUUAUGCCCUAGGGUUUCUUCAUAUUUUGGAUUUGCAGUGAGCAUUUCAGUGCCUGGGUUUGUGUGCAUGGUUCAUUUUCUACAUGUAUGCACUUUGCACUCUUCUAUGUAAUAUUAUGUGUGCUUGCAGUUUAUUACUUUUCUUCACAUGACUUAUAGAACAAGAACAUUGCCUGGCUGCUAGGUCAUGGCAUGAUCAUCAACAAUGAACUGUCACUCAUUGUGGUCAAAGUUAUCUUGCUAGAUAUGGUCCAAGUGGUGAUUAUGGCUGUAGUUUUAUCUAAUUGAUCCUAUUUAGGAGGAAUGGUGCAUACUUUUUGGCCCAAAUCCAUCAGUUUCUCUCUUCUAUCCUAAUGUUUCUUUAAACAACGAUAAAUGUGUUUAGAAAUCAGGCUGUGUCAGACGUGGGCACACCUCGUUGCCCGCACAGUGUGUCUCCAUGGGCUGGUGAGGGAAAUCAAAGACCGCCCUCACCAGCCCACAGGGAGGGAGGAGACGACCUGGGGAGUUCUUGCCAGCAGUUCCAGGGGUUUCCUUUAUUGCGAGGCCGGAGAAUUGCCAAGGGUUCACUCACACUAGGACCGUUAGGGAUGGCAGCAAUGAUUCUCCCCACCCUCCCCUCAGGCAAAAGGUAAGACAGGAGGGGGGCUAUUUCCUAAUCUGUCUCCCUACCCCCACACUCCAUUCCUCCAAACCGAUUAGCACCUUCACACACAGUACACCAACAGCACACACAGUGUGUAUGUGUGUAGCUGCACACCCCUAUAGGCUGUCUAAAUUAGAUACAUUGUUCUUCUUCCACAUUAUAUUUUAGUUAUAAAUUGUUAAUAUUAAGUACUUGUUAUUAGAACAGCCCCAUCUCUGCCACACCCAAACAUGUCCCUCUUUGUCCAUUUGACAUGUUGAGCAAUAUGGCUUUUCGUACUUAGACCAUGAGGCAGCCUCACCUGAGGGAACAGGAAGGGAAAAAGGUGGAAAAACAUCUGAAUGUAAUAGUGUUUCUCUAGAGGUCCAGAUUCCAUGCUAUAUCCUGUGAUGAAAUGGCUCUUCUCUUGCAUAGAACUGUAAAUAAACUGUUAGCUCAAUAUUUUGUUUGUUUUGAUGCCAACAAAUGCAAGAAAACCAUGCAUGCCCUGCAUUUUCAUUGGUACUAAACCAUCGUCAUCCUUCAUACUUGUCAUCAGGAGUUUUAUUUGGCAAAAUAGGAACCGUCAAUAUAUUUGCUAAUUUUGGGCAAAAAUAGACAAAUCUAGAAUAGAUAAACUGGCCAAUCUGCUCAUACCUGGACCAUUUUCCAAGUUUGCUGCCUAAAACUUUCCAUUUUCACUUUACUGAAUACGACCACAGGUCUCCGCUGUUAGCAGUUCGUAUAACGUAAAACCUGCAAAAAAAAGCCUUUUCUAUAAAACGCUGACAUUAUAGUAUCCUGCCUAGUCUAUAAUAAUCUAUGUGCUGAUUACAUGAAGAUGACUACAGGACCAUCCAACUAAAUGUCUUGGGAAAAUUGUAUUUUUUAUUAAGAGUAUUCAAGUAUGCUGAAUUGUGACGGAUUCUAGUAACUUGCUCUGACUUUUGAGUGUGCAUAAGUAUAUAAAGGCUGUGUUUUAAUGAGACCAUAACCUUGACACCUUCCAGCGAUUACACUGAUUAAACAUGUUAAGAGUUAAUGACUCUCUGCUAUAAGUUUCAACUUGUUCUACUGGCCUCUGACUUAACUUGUUAAGCAUUUGAUGCUCUCUCUAGGAAUGUCAUCAAUCACCUGACAAAUGACAGAUCCGAAUCACAGGAAUGGCUGCUGAUGCCCUGUCUUCCAGAGUUCAUAUUUCUAUUUUAUUGAUAUGUAGAAGAUGUAAUGUUUAUGUACAGAGAUGACCACUUUUGCAAAUGUAAACAACGGAGUGUUGAAAAUCUCCAAUGCAGUGUGUUCUGUUCACAAAACUGUCAGACAACAUGCACUUUUUUUUUUGUUUUUUUUGUUCUACUUUGGUUUUUUUCCCUCCUUGGGAGACUGGACAGGCAAGUAAAAGAUCAGAUUAAAUUCCCACAAACAACUUGUAUAUGAAAUGACUUUGAGGUAGGGGUAACUGUAAAUGAAAAGGACUUCAAAACAAUUAAGAUAACAAAUUGGGCAACUAACAGUAUAAAACUACCCUUUGCUAUAGCAAAGUAGGGGAUUUCAUGUAUUAAGAUAUGUUGAUUAAUGUUAUCCAAAUAUAACUUGCUUCUUAUACAUGUGUUGUAAAGGAUAUUGCAAAAUAAAGCGUAUGGAAUCCCCUUAAGACUGGAAACCUAGUUUGUGUUCUAACCUGUCCAUUAGCUGGAAUAGACACCAGACAAGAGCUCACCCAUUGAGACUGGAAGAAAGGCGUUUUCACCUACUGCAGAGGAAAGGAUUCUUUACAGUAAAAACAAAAAAGAUGUAUAAUUCUGUCUAAAGGAGUUGUCUUAUAUUUUUUUAAAGAUAUUUUAAAAAACAGAAUAUUUACAUAUAAUAUAUGAGCAGGUUGUUGAUCAAAAGAGAAUAUAUAACAUGGACGUUAGUUAGUUAUUUUUUUUUUUUUAAAUGGAAGUUUGAUAUUUUAACAAAGAUAGUGAUUAGAGAUGAGCGGACACCUGGAUGUUCGAGUUUGGCCGAACUUCUGCAAAAAGUUCGAGUUCAGACUCAAACUUGACCCCGAACCCCACUGAAGUCAAUAGGGACUUGAACUUUUGGGCACUAAAAUGACUCUAAAAAAAGUCCUGGAAAGGGCUAGAGGGCUGCAAAAGGAAGUAAAAUGGGGUAAGAGUAGGACAAGUGCCCUGCAAACAAAUGUGGAUAGGGAAAUCACUUAAAAUAACAUAAAAAUUUUAAUUGGGGUAGCCACCAAAAUAUUGGGACAUAUAAAAAAAGAAAACAAAGAAUAAGUGCUCUUGAGUAUAACAAUGGCUGGGUGAGGCUGGUAUAAAUUUCUAUUCUGCACAAGGUACAGACAAGUCUGGUGGGAUCCAUGCCUGGUUCAUUUUAAAAAAAACGUGAGCUUGUCCACGUUGGCUGUGGACAAGCGGCUGCGCUUGUCUGUGAUAACGCCCCCUGCCGUGCUAAACACUCCUUCAGACAAUACACUGGCUACAGGGCAAGCCAGCACCUCCAAGGCAUAAAGGGCAAGCUCAGGGCAUGUGCCCAAUUUGGAGACCCAGAAGUUGAAUGGGACAGACCCAUCAGUCAGUACGCGUAGGCGUAUGCACACGUACUGUUCCAGCAUGUUGCUGAAAUGCUGCCUCCUGCUAAGACGUUCCAUAUCAGAUGGUGGUGCUGGUUGUUGUGGCGUGCUAACAAAACUUUUCCACAUUUAGGCCAUGCUAACCCUGCCUUCUGAGGUGCUGGAGGUGCCCCAGCUGUGUUGGCGACCUCUUCCUUCUCCUUGUGUUUCCACUGAGCCUCCGCUGUCAGUUGGGAAUGCCCUCAGCAGCGCGUCUACCAGCAUGCGCUUGUAGUCGCGCAUCUUCCGAUCACGCUCCAGUGAGGGAAUUAAGGACGGCACGUUGUCCUUGUAAUGGGGAUCCAGCAGGGUGGCCACCCAGUAAUCAGCACAUGUUGGAAUGUGGGCAACUCGACAGUCGUUGCGCAGGCACUUUGGUGACUCUAGAUAACCUUGGGCCGAUCGCACGUCCCCGUGACGGCAACAAAGCAUUUGAAUGUCUACCCUAUCAACUUUCGAUGGUACUUUCUGCGCCUACCAUGGUGACCAUGGGGAAUCGGGGUUCAAUUCCAGAGAGGGAGCCUGAGAAACGGCUACCACAUCCAAGGAAGGCAGCAGGCGCGCAAAUUACCCACUCCCGACGCGGGGAGGUAGUGACGAAAAAUAACAAUACAGGACUCUUUCAAGACCCUGUAAUUGGAAUGAGUACAUGUGGCAAACCUAGCCACUUGUAAUACUCUGGACUAUAUGCAUAAAAAGGCUGUCUUCACUAAUCCCUGUAACUUCAUGUAUAACCUAGAUCUACACUGUGUGUUACUGUGUGUUUGCAUAGAAUUCGUAUGCUAGCAGCCGAAAGCCGCUAGCAUUCAUGUUUCGUUUCACGAACAGCAACCUUACUGGCUGUUCAUGAACCGAAUGAGCUACCCCCUAAUAGCCCACACAUAGAGGGUCGUGUGGCGCUCAUUAACCAAUUGCAACAAUGUUGCAAUCGGUAAUUAGAGACUUUCCUAGGUGGCCGUCGUUCGGCUACUGACCACGUGGCGGUCGGCCAUCUUGGAUCCUUUGUCUCACCAGCGGUGUUUGGUUGUUGAGCGCGUGGAACUGAAAACGGCUACUCGACGGCGCGAACAGCGCUGGACUUCCAGGCCGUUCGGGAGCUCCGGUCUCUCGUUAUUGUGGUUCCCCAUUGGUGUUCGGUACUUUUAGGCGAACGCGAUGGCAAAGUGUAUUUCGUGCGGUGUUCGGUUGUUUUAGCUGGGAUCUGAGCGGUAUUCCCACGAAUUGUGCGCUCAGACCCCAGCUAUCUACCGAACGUCCAUUCAUUUAAAUAAACCGAAUAGUAUAAAAGUUAUGUAUUUAAAUGUAAAAUGCCGGUUCUGCUGCACGGAGGGAUAAUCCACUUAACGGUGUAUUCCAGUUGGAGUUUCCCUCUCGUGCAGCAGUGCCUGAUGGGAGAAAUGCCCAGAAUGUUAAGUCCGCCAUGUAGUCCCCUGCUAUGUCAGUAGGGAAACCCCUUGCACGGGGACUUGCAUAAAUACUGGAGCUGUGAAUAAAAACCUUAGUUGACUCCCAGAACUGUGUUUCAUCUGGUUACUGGGGGAUUUGGGAUAUUGCCUUACUUUUCAGCGCUUGACUGUGGAUUACCUUCCUUUACCAGCGGAGAUCGUGGAAUUUAAUAUUGCCGCUCCGCUACCGUACACUUUAAAUCCUUUAACUCUGAUCAAUUGGAGGGCGAGUCUGGUGCAGAACAACUGCCCCAUGCGUGCUGCAGCUGAAACUCUACUAAUGCCUGCUGCUGCUCAGUCUCUCCAGCAUGUGCAAGGUGGAGUUCCACCUUGUGUGCAUGUCGCAUAUGAGGCGGUGAGCGGGAAGGCCGAAGUUACGCUGCAGCACGGACAGGCGAGCAGCAGCAGGGUGAGAAUGCCGAAAGCACGCACAGACAGCCCGCACUUUCUGCAGCAGCUCUGAUAUAUCUGGGUAGUUUUUCAGGAAUUUCUGCACCGCCAAAUUCAGCAUAUGCGCCGGGCAAGGGAUGUGCGUCAAACCAGCAGGCACAUAGCUGCUACGAGAUUUUGCCCUUUAUUGCACACCACCAGGCCGGGCUUGAGGCUCAGUGGCAACAACCACUCAUCGGUCUGUUGUUCCAUGCCUGUCCAGCUCCUGUGUGGUGUGGGGUUUCCCCCCCAAACAUAUGAGUUUUAAAACCGCCUGCUGUAGUUUCCCCCUGGCUGUGCUGAAGUUGGUGAAGGUGUUAUGCUGACCUGAUGAGGAGGUGGCAGAGGAAGAGGCAAAGAAAUGCCCUGCAAUCCUCGGCGGAAGGACAUGUGCCAAACUGCUAUCCGCCUCAGGCCCAGCUGCCAGUACAUUUGCCCAGCGUGCAGCUAGGGAGAUAUAGUGUCCCUGCACGUGCUUACUGGUCCACGUAUCAGUGGUUAUGUGUACCUUGCCACAGAUGGCAUUGGGCAGUGCACACCUAAUUUUGUCCGCCAAUUGGUUGUGCUGGCUCGCCUGGAAAAGUGGUGGCGGCUGGGAACCAUGUACUGUGGGGCAGCCACCGCCAUCAGGUUUUUAAAACUGUCUGUCUCCACCAGACUGAAUGACAGCAUUUGAAAGGCCAGGAAUUUUGGAAUGCUGGCAUUCAGGGCCAGUGAUCGCGGUUGGGUAGGGAGUUACUUCCUCUUUCUCUCCAGUGUUUGGGAGAUGGACAGAUGACUGCUUCCAUGGGACAGUGUGGAGAUGCUUGGGGGCGUUGCUGCCACAUCCUGUUUGCUGGGUGGCAGGUGCCACUGUCACUCGAGAGGUGGAGGAAGAGGCUGAGACAGCAGCAGAAGAGGAAGCAGGAGGAGCCUAAAACCUUUCUUGUUUUUUGAGGUGCUUACUCCACUGCAACUCGUGCUUGGCAUGUAGAUGCCUGGUCAUGCAGGUUGUGCUCAGGUUUAGCACGUUUAUGCUUUGCUUUAGGCUCUGAUUGCACAGCGUGCAAGCCACUAGUGUCUUGUCGUCCGCACAUUGUCUGACCUGCCAAGCCAGGGAACUCCUUGGAGCUGGCUCUGGUGUGUUCGGUCCCUGGGUGCGGUGGGCAGUAGCAGGCGUACUGUCUAGGGGACGGCCGCUCCACUUUUGCACCCUGCUCCCUCUCCUGCUGUGCUAGUGUCUCUCUGCGACCACCACCUCUUCCUCCAAACUGGACACGUAACUCGCAUGACCUUGAUUCCAUGUGGGUUCUAAGACCUAAUCAUCCUCCACAUCAUCUUCCACCCUCUCCUCAACCCUACCCUCCUUGCUGGUCUGCACCGGAGAAAGCCAUAGCAGUUGGCACCUGUGUUUCGUCAUCAGAUGUGCUGCAGUGGUCCUCACAUGUCCACAUCCUGACACAUAAGUAGUUGUGCAUCAGUGCACUCAAUCUCUUCCACUUCUGGGGCAGGGCUAGGUGGACGGCCCAUGGAACCCCCUGCCAGCAGAGUCAUCAAAAGGCAUAAGAAUGCUGCAUGACUUGUGGCUCAAACUGCUUGGCUGAUUUGCAAGGGGGUGAGGUGAAAGACAGAUGGUCUGCAGGUGCCAACUUUGAGCUUUCAGCAAGGUACCGAGUGGAAGACAAUAUAAAGGAAUUGGAGGCACUGUCAGCCAUCCAAUCUACGAUUGCCUGUACUUGUUCUGGCCUCACCAUUUGUAGAGCGGCAUUUGGGACUACCAAAUAACGCUGAAGGUUCUGUUGCCUACUCGCACCUGAGGAAGGUGUUUUACGUGUGUGUAGCUGGCACAGAUCGACCACGUCCUCUCCUUGCAACAGGAGCUCCAGCAGCACCACGACCAGGGCCACCAGAGCCAAGGCAUUUGAUACAGUUCCACACAAUAGAUUGGUGUUCAAACUCAAGGAAAUCAGUCUAGAUGAGAAUGCUUGUUCUUUGAGUACAAAGAGUUGUCAUUAAUGGUAAACUUUCAAGCUGGACAGAGGCGGCAAGUGGUGUCCCUCAGGGGUCUGUUCUGGGACCCCUUCUAUUUAACAUGUUUAUAAAUGAUCUUGAAGAUGGCAUUGAAAGUCAUGUUUCAGUGUUUGCAGAUGACACACAACUCUGUAAAAUAAUAAAAUGUGAGCAAGCUAUUACUUUGCCGCAGAGGGAUUUAGAUAGACUGGGGGACUGGGCACUCAAAUGGCAGAUGAAAUUUAAUGUUGAAAAAUGCAAAGUUAUGCACUUAGACAUAAAGAAUACACAUGCAACGUAUACCCUUAAUGGAAGCGAAUUAGGGAUAACAACACACGAAAAGGACUUGAAUUGUUAUAGACAAACCAUGCAACAAUGUGCAAUGUCAAUCCGCAGUGGCCAAGGCCAGUAAGGUAUUGUCAUGCAUGAAAAAGGGCAUUCAUUCUCAGGAUGUGAAUAUAAUUUUUGCCUCUUUAUAUAAAUCACUGGUAAGACCACAUAUUGACUAUGCUGUGCAAUUUUGGGCACCUGUUCUAAAGAAGGAUAUUAUGGCACUAGAAAAAAAUGCAGAGGUGGGCUACAAAAUUAAUAAAAGGAAUGGAACAUAUCCGCUAUGAAGAAAGGUUUGAAUUUGUUAACUUAUUUAGUUUAGAAAAACGUCGCCUGAGAGGGGAUAUGAUAACAUUAUACAAAUAUAUUCGGGGCCAAUACAAACCAUUGUGUGGAAAUCUAUUCACAAACCGGACUUUACAUAGGACACGAGGCCAUGCGUUUAGACUAGAAGAAAGAUUUUGUCUAAGGCAAAGGAAAGGGUUUUUUUUUUUUUUUUUACUGUAAGAACAAUACGGAUGUGGAAUUCUCUGCCUGAAGAAGUGGUUUUAUCAGAGUCCGUACAGAUGUUCAAACAGCUACUAGAUGCAUACUUGCAAAAACAGAAUAUUCAAGGAUAUAAUCUUUCAAUGUAGGGUAAUAACUGCUUGAUCCAAGGAUAAAUCAGACUGCCAUUCUGGGGUCAAGAAGGAAUUUAUUUUUUCCUAGCUUGUUGCAAAAUUGUGCUUCAAACAGUUUUUUUUUUUUUUGCCUUCUUUUGGAUCAACAGCAAAAAACAAAUGUGAGGAAGGCUGAACUUGAUGGACGCAAGUCUCUUUCCAGCUAUGUAACACCAGAAUUCUUUCCUAAUCUUUCCCUCACAGCUGCAGCAUCCUCUCUCUACACUAAUAAGAGCUCAUGUGACUCCAUCUUAUAUAGAGGCUGGGUCACAUGCUGCACUGGCCAAUCACUGCCCUGCAGCUUUUCAAAAUGCGCCAUUAAAUCACCGAUCCCGAACUGUUACUGAAAUGUCUGGGGUCAAAAAAAUCAUAAUGUUGGGGUUCGCUCAUCUCUAAUCGUGAUUGAUUAGAUUUCGAUUUUAUAGGAGUUUAUAAACUUGUUGUAGACUCUUUGGAGUCUAUGUAGGUAUUUCAUUUCUAAUUAACAGUACUAUCUAGACUCUGGAAAACACACUCCAGUAAUUCCUUAUUAAUUUAGACUGUGUGGAACCUGAACUCCUUAUGUUAAGUUACCUCUCUUACAAUCUAUUAAAGCCCAGGAGGCGGCUGCUGAGCCUCUAAAAAAAAAAAACAAAAAAAAAAAACUUGCAUGUCCCACCUUCCAAUGUAUUAAGGGAGAAACGAGAGUCUACUUGCAGACAAAGUUGUUAAAUGGACAGUCAGUCCUAUCUCAUUAUUUAUUAGUAUGUGUCAUUUUGUUAUUUGGGUAAGUUUUUCACAUGAUUAAAUAUUUUGAGUUUUUUUUUUCAAUAUUUUUAAAAUGUAUGAAGCGUUUUAAAUUAUGAAAGGCCAAAGUCCUAAAUCUGCCCGCACACACUCCCUGAUUUUAUCUUGUAUUCACAGGUUGACUACAAACAUGGAUCCUGCCACAUCAGAAAACGCCCCAGGUGAGUACAUUUUUAAGUUAUUUCUUCCACUCUUGAAAGUCCAGUUGUAGCAGCGUGGAUGGAGAUGCCCUCCAUCUGUACAGAGAGAAUACAAGUAAUGUUAAUUACAGAUCUACAUCUCCGAAUUAGGAGCUGUCAGUUUAGGAUUAGAACAUGUGUUGCACUUCUUACCUUCCCUGAAUGAACCUGUUACUUUUUAGUUCCAUCUACUUUUGUUUGGUGGUAGAUCAGGGCCCUUCCCGUGGAUCCUCCUGCAUACUAGUUGUAGAUGAACCAACUUUAAAGUCCUGUGACUCUUCAUCUAAAGUCACAUCAGGAAGCAUUAGUUAAUAGAACAUAAUGCCAUUUUCACCCCCUUUCCUUGGCAGACAAACUCUGUACUGAUUGCUGUAUUAAACUGGAGGGUGACGUCAAAUAUAAAAAAUGACUUUUUUUUUGUAGUGUCACUGUAUCUUUCAGUGUGUGUAUAUGUGAAGUGCGUUUUGUGUGUUAAUGUGUGUGUGUGCAUACAUCCUAGCAAUCAAACCCCAACAUAACAUGAAAACACACCCCUGCAAACACAAACAUUACAUACAGGGCUGCCAUCAGAAAUGUUGGGGCCCCUGACACAGCUCAAGGUCUGGGCCCCCCUGUGCCUGCACCUGAGUCCGCCCAAAGUGCUGCCCCCCCCCCGAGGGAUGCAGUGUCUGCAGGGCCGGUUCAUUCCUUCCCCCCCUACCAUUUCAUUCAUUCCUCCCCCCCUCCCAUUUCAUUCAUUCCUCCCCCCCUCCCCCUAUUUCAUUCAUUCCUCCUAUUUCAUUCUCCUCCUAUUUCUCUCUAUUUAAUUCCCCCUCCCAUUUCAUUUCACAUCUAUUCCCCUCCCAUUUCAAUUCCUCCCUAUUUCUCAUUCAUUCCCUCCCAUUUCUAUCUAUUCCUCCCAUUUCUCUAUUCCUCCCUCCAUUUCAUUCAUUCCUCCCUCCUAUUUAUCUAUUCCUCCUCCUAUUUUAUCUUUCCUCCCCUCCUAUCAUCUAUUCCUCCUCCCAUUUCUAUCUAUUCCUCCUCCCAUUUCAUCUAUUCCUCCUCUCCUCCCAUUUCAUUCAUUCCUCCCUCCCAUUUCAUUCAUUCAUUCCUCCUCCCAUUUCAUUCAUCCUCCCAUUUCUCCCCCUCCCAUUUCAUUCAUCCCCCUCCCAUUUCAUUCAUUCCUCCCUCCCAUUUAUCUAUCCCAUUUCUCCAUUCCUCCUCCUAUUUAUCUAGCUCCGUAGCUAGCUGUGCUUCUUCAGUCUGCCGAGCUGAAGAUGACGCUCGCAUCAGUACAGUGCGAGGGAGCUGAAGAGGAAGCACACAGCGAGUGCUCCCUCGCCGCCGCCCGCCCGGUGACUGCAGGGCCAGCCUCUGGGGGGCCCUGAGGUGACCGGCUGCUGGGCCCCCCAGGAGAAGAGGCUGGCCCUGUGGGUACAUACCGGGUCGCAGGGCCCCCUGCGACCCGGUAUGUACCCACUGAAUGUGGGGCCCGGACGACCUGAGCAGUCCGGGCCCCCCAGGACCGCCGGGCCCAUGACAACCGUUACGGUUGUCAUGCCCUGAUGGCGGCCCUGAUUACAUACAAAAAUGCCCCUGAAUUCAAACUCCAUAACUAUAUACAAACACACCCCUGCAAACACAAACACCAAUAUUACACACAUGCAUUUAAAAACAAACACUACAAAUGCAAACAUUACAUACAAAAGCACACCUGCUCCUAAGUAUUACAAUCUGUUUACUAUCUGUGUGUGUGUGUGUGUAUGCCAAAAAACUCAAUUUGCACAAAAAGGAACCUAAUACUCUGCUAAUUAAAAGGUUUGUGUUUACGGUGCAAAUUUUCUUGUGGGUGCGGGGGUUUCCAUGAUGUUGGUACACCAUGUCAAAGGGUUGCACAGGAAAAAUUAAUUGGGAACCCCUGUAUUAGACAUAAACCCUAGAGAUUAUAACGUCUAUAGAGAUGUCAGGCUUAUUUGAUAUUAAAACUUUUGUCAUAUGUUUAAACGAAAGUCUCGCUUUAUACCAGCAUUGUGCUAUGGUUCUUAAACAUAAAGGAACACUACAGUAUCUAGUUAAAGGGAUUCUCCAGUGCCAGGAAAACCUUUGUUUCCCUGGCACUGCAGGACCCUCUAGUGCCCCUCCCAUCCCAAGUUACCGAAGGGGUUAAAACCCCUUCAGUGGCUUACCAGAGUCCAGCGCCGAUGUCCCUCGACACUGGGUCAGGCUCCACCUUCUCUCCUCCCCAGCCGACCUCCCCUUGGGAAAGCAUUGAAUAACACUUUCAUUGCUUUCCUAUGGGAUUUCCUCAUUGCUGGAGGUCCUCACAUAGCGUGAGGACGUCCAGCGUCAUUUUAAAACACUUCAUGUUCUAUGAACACGGAAGUCCCUCUAGUGUCUGUCUAGUAGUUGGUCACUAGAAGACUUAACCCCGCAAUGUAAAUAUUGCAGUUUAUGAAAACUGCAAUAAUUGCAAUUGCAGGGUUAAGGGUAGUGGGAGUUGGCACCCAGACCACUCCAACGGGCAGAAGUGGUCUGGGUGCCUGGAGUGUCCCUUUAACCAAAGUUAAGUUGUUAUGGCGCCAAUAGAAUAUACAAAUAGGUGUAACUAAUACAUUCUAAUAUCAAUAAUAGGCUGCAACACACAAAGAAGGGCCUGUGACCUGAAAUAGAAAAAAUCAAAAGUGUGUUCACUCAAAGUGUAAAUGUAUCACCACUUAAAACCCCCAAAUUUCAAUGUAACCAAAAGUAGGAUAUAUAGUCUCCCACUGAGGGAGUCUAGAGACAGGGGCUUUACUAGCCUAAAAGAGGGGAAAUGAAACCCAACCUUUAAUCAAUCUAUGGAUAUGCAUAAAAGAGAAGGGGGGGAGGGGGGGAGGAGGGGGAUUGGGAUUGGUGUCUGAGAUCUGAAGCACUUCUCUUAUAUGAAUGGGAAAACUUAUCAUCAAACAGUCCUGCAUAGUGAUCAAGGGAGCCAAAUUAUGGAUAGAUAGAAACACUGAGUGCAAACAGAUCUGCACCAGAGUGUGUAAUAACCUGUGGAAAUAAAAAUAUGGGGUAUCACCACUAACACACAGAACCAACUCAGAAUAAACUCCACUUAGUGGACCCAUGUACUAAAUUUAACAUCCAGUUGUGUCACUGAUUUUAUCAAGUUGUAUAAAUCCUCCUAUCCAUACGUACUGUAUGGAUAGUAGUAUUUAUCGAGAUAAAAUCUAUUUUUGAAAGAUUGACAUCAUCUUAAUCUGGGUGACUUUACAGACUUUGUCACACUUCUGAAUACUAACAAUCUGAGAUUUGCAAGUGAAGUGGGGGGGUAGGAACCUUAAUUUCUUGGAUCUAACGGUCUGUAUCGGAAAAUCACCUCUAAUGGUGUCCUGGACUGGACCAGCCACCAUUCACCAAGAUUAAAGGCCAGUAUCCCUGUUGGCCUAUACCGAAGAUUGCGCAGGAAUUUCUCUUAACUUAAGGAUUUUAAAACUAAAGCUUGCGAUGUUAGAAAACCCUUUAGAGAAAAGGGAUAUCCUAAUAGAGUACUCAAGAGAGCCUACUGCAGAGCAAUCCGAGCCGACAGGGAUGCUGUAAAACAGAAUAUAUGGGAUACCGGGCGCUUACAGCAAAAAAGAAUACACAAGUGCAGCCUAAAACACUCAAAGUGUAUUGUCACAAAGUACACUUAACCAGGCACAAAAAUACCACAGAGAAGUGUCAAAGCGCACACUGUGGUACUUAAUUACCUUUAAUUCAAAAUAAGAUGUAGUAGGUUUUUUCCCUUGGUAGGAACCCUAAACAAUGUAAAUACAAAGCAGAGGGACCAUAUUGUAACCUGUUUACAUAAAUAUAACAGUGAUACAAUAAAAAUGGAACACUCACACUUUCCAGAGCCCUUAGAGUGAACUGUAAGGGCAUGUCCUCCACAAAAGGGAUGGUUGUAUAAAUGUAUCGUUGGAACCUUGAGGCUUCCAGAUGAAAAGCAGGAACCAGGUAAAAGUAUAACUAUAUAUUUAUUCCAACUUGUAAUUAAAACAAUGAUUUGUCAUGUUCUGGAAUUCUCUCAGUCCAAAACUCCACUGUCCUUAAAUUCUGAAUCAUUAUAUACCCCAUCCUAGAGUAUAUUCGGAUGCUUCCGUGACUAAUGGCUUUCACAGUACGUAUGGAUAGUAUUAUUAUUCCAAGUUGAUAACAUCAGUGGCUCAGUCAGGACGUUAAUAAUUUCAUUUAGUACAUAGGUCCACUAAGUGGAGUUUAUUCUGAGUUGACUAUGUGUGUUAGUGGUGAUAUGUGCCACAGGUUAUUACACACACUCUGGUGCAGAUCUGUUUGCACUCAGUGUUUCUAUCUAUCCAUAAUUUGGCUCCCUUGAUCACUAUGCAGGACUGUUUGAUGCUAAGUUUUCACAUUCAUAUAAGAGAAGUGCUUCAGAUCUCACCAGACACACCAAUCCCCGUCCUGUAUGAACUCAAUGAUAGGAAGGAUAUACCCUUCCAUACACCAACAAGCCUUCUCCCAGCCAUAUCCUUUUUUUAUGGGGUUUUGCCUUACCCUUACGGAUUGUGAGUUUCUUACCAUCUUGAAACAUUUGUUUACAUUUUAGGUGGCUCCCCCCCUCACCUUGCCACUCCUAGAGUUUUAACCAGUCAGGUUACUUAGGGGGGUGGGUUGAUGACCUCCCACAGAGAACAGCUGAUGGUACUUGUUAGUUAAUGAUAAGGACAUAAAACUGACAGACAGGCUGCCCACAGUAGUAUGCUCCUGACGACAGCUUGCUGACACGCGAAACGCGUGUCAAUCUUUCUGUUUCUUUCCUUUCACACCUCACUAGGUAGCACAAUUUUCAUACCAUUGUGUUUAUCUUCUUUUUAGGGAGGUUUAUUUCACGUUUUUCUUUUUCUUUGGCAAGCUGUAAUAGGGAGAGAUGGUUCAGGUAGACCUUAGUGGCUUGUCCACCGUGUCGAGGUAAUCUAAGGGAAGGCCUUCUAAGUUUUUGUUAGGUUUGAUUAGAUUCUCCAAUCUCCUACUUAUCUUUCCCUCUUACCUGACAUAUCUGCCUAUCCAUUUAGUCGGUUGCUAGAGGGAACGGGGUACUUUAGCACCAUAAUCAUGGUAGUAACAGUAGUUACAUUUUUGUUACACUAUAUUCAAGAGCUAAAUUGUCUUCCUCUGGUUCCCCCAUUUCCUGUGAGUUAGAGCACUGUAGCUCACAUAUCCCCGUUGCACCGUUUAGCUAAUCUGCCUUUUUUCCUUUUGGCUUGCCUUUUAUGCAUAUUCCUAGAUUGAUUAAAAGUUGGGUUUCCUUCCCUUUUCCCUCUUUUUAUAUUUUUAUGCCAGUGAAGCCCCUGCCCCUAGUCUCUCUCAGUGGGACACUAUAUUUCCCACUUUUACGCUAUUAGAGGGUUAUGCCCUCAUCCUAUGAGCUCCACUAUAGGUGGUCACAGGGCUGCAACCCACUAGCCCUUAAUUUGCAUCCAGGCUCCUGGACUGCACUGCUGUUUUCCUUUAUCCUUUGUUAUAUUCAAUAUAAGCAAAAGUAGCUGUCAAUAAGCUACAGUUUCUACUGGAACAAAGGUCUAGUUCUCACCCAAAAAAAGGCUAUUUGAGACCAAAGGGGCCUCACUCCUUGGCAAGGACCCAAAUCUAUAUCUAUAUCUUAAUGGUAACCAGCUUGACAGUCUAUGGGGAGAAAUAUCCAAAAAUACAGAAUACAUAAAAACCGGGCUGGGGAAAAAACAAGAAGAUGUGUGAAAAAAAAAACCCCAAACUCUAUCCAUUUCAGUUCAUUGACGUGGUCUGCGUGCAGUGCCCCUGUCAGUUUAACCUUGCCAUAGUAAUUGUUGCAGUUAUCGAGAAACUGCAAUAAUAACCUUGCAGGGUUAUCUCUACCUCUAGUGGCUGUCUAAAAGUCACUAGAGAUGUUUUCAGAUGAUGAGGAAACUUUUGGUUGCCUAACUGACACUGGACUUCCUCACUCUAUGCAUGACAACAUCAGCGUCCUAUAGGAUUGCCCUAAUGCGAUCACUAGUUAGUGCCGAGGCAGAGCCUGACCCUCGGCACUGGGUUUAGGUAAGUGACAAAGAGGUUAUAACAAACUGGAGCCUGUUUUCCUUAGGACGUUUGGUUCUGACCUACACUGUCUGGCAAUUCUUUUCCAAUAUGGAACUAACAAACGCGAUACCACUGCUCCAGAUCAGUACUUAGUUGUUCCAUUCAGCUAUAUGAAUAUGUGAAAUCUCUAACAAAGUCAGUCCUAAAACACUUUUUUUUUUUUUCUUCUCUGUCCCUAUUCCACCUCCCUCUAUUUGUAGAAACUGCAAACAGUCAAGAACUUCCACCUGUGGGAAAAGAAUCAGAACCACCUACUUACCCAGAACCUGGUAGGUCUAUUGCUUUAGUUACAGGGUCCCUCCCAAAUAAUGUAAAUAUAAAUAUUUUGAUAGAUGCUGGAUACGCCAUCUUGUAUCUGGCUCAUUGUGGAAGUUGGCCACAACAAAAGCCAGUUCCAAACACUCCUGUAGGUUGAAUAUGCUAUACUUACUGUUUUUACAAAGUACUGAUACAAUAACGGCAGUAAAAAUAUGCCUCUUGUCUCUCAAACCUCCCAUCAUUUAGCCCCUAUGAACAGGUUUUAUAGUACAGACCGCACUCAUUACCUUUUUAUUAGGGACAGGUCCAGUUCCUUACAGUGUGGUCUAGUGAACAUGUAGCACCUCCACCAACUUGGUGUUUUAGAAGACACAUUGGAAUUUUGUAUACAUAUCCAAUCUUUCCUAUUUACCCAAUCUAUUUUCAGAGAUUGCAGAAUGUCAAGCUAUCCCUCCUCCGGUUCCUGAUGCAGAAGAGUCAGAACAGCCUAAAACCGACCCAGAACCUGGUAUGUCCAUGUCUAGUCAGAGAUCCUUGUUCACACAUUGCAGUCCUAGAACGUUUAGCUGCUAUCGCUGACCAAAGCAUCAUAAAGAAUUUUCAAAACCUGUAGGUGUUUAAAGUAGCACGAUUACUUUAUCAUUUUAAAACCAUGUUACUUCAUUUCAAACAGAGCUGUAGUAAUUGAGAUUUACUUCUUUAAUGUUUAAGUGUUUAUAUUGAUAAUGGGCAACAAGUGGUCAUCUAACUGGUGGCCAUCAUGUAGAAUGCCCACUGGCAGAGUAGCUAAAUUUAGUCAUCCAAAUAUAAUGUGUAGAAUGGCUGCAGUUACUCCCAGUCCAGAAAUGUUUUUAUUAAAUUGUUAUACCGCCUUGGUGUUUGAAUUUGGUGUAUCCUCAUGGAAGCUCAGGUUUGGUUAAAUUAUUGCAGAAAGCUUCUGAUUUAUAGAGGUUAUAAGGGAACACGUCAACUCGGUAAGAAGACCAUUUGAGACACCGAUCUUACGUCACCUAAACACAUCAUGCUAACUCUGCGAACAAAAUCAGAUACCUGGGCAUUGAGUGCCCAAUCCCAAUGUAAAGGGAAUUGGGACCGCAGAUUGCGACAAAGAAAAUCAUAUUAAAUGUAUAGACUUAACACACUUUCACCACACGGCCUGAAUGAGGGUUUUUCCUUUUCUGCCUUUCUGUACAACUCUCUCUACAACAUGGAUUCAACAAUGCUGAGUGAUUUUUCUCAAGAUCCCUACCUUUCUUUUCUAUAUCUAUAGAUAUGUAAAUAUUUUAAUUGUGAGCAGUCUCUUGUCAUGGUUAGUAGUAAUGUCGUUGUUGUGACUGUGCUGUAGAUGGACUACAGACACAAUAUAUGUGUACUAACCAGCCACAAUGAAAAAACAUACCUAAUAAUGCACUUUCUGACUCUCCUAACUCUUUAUUCAGUCACCAAAAUCAAACUGGCAGCUAUAACCUAGUGAAUACAAAGGUACAUGAAGCAUUUUGCACACCAACAGCCGUUGAGUUAAUAUAUUGUGUAUGAGAUCCCCAAACGUGCUAGAAUAACUUCAUACUGGGGCAACUCCUGCAACUUUAAUUUACCUUCAAUUUGACUUAUAAUUACGAUUAUCACUAAAUGCAAACAUAAUUAACAUUUAUUUAUUUUUACUUUAUUUGUGGCUUUGUGCAUCCUUGUUGAACUCCUUAUAUUAAAAAUAUUAAGAAUCCCGUUUUUGGUUAGGGGACAAAAUGAGAAAUUCGUAUAGACGUCCAGUAUGACCGUCUCUGAGAACCGUACUAAUUCCUCUCAUUUAAUGUAAAUCCUCCCCUCUGUUUCAGUACCAGAAUUUGAGAUUUGUUACGUGCCUGCACCUUAGCCAUCUCCACCUGCACCAGUCUUGCUGACCGAUGACGUAUCUAACACCACUAACACAGAGCCUGGUAAAAGUGGGACCGGUGCUAUUUAUGUGACUGGUCUCCUUUUCAACCAUCGAAUUAACUGUUUUAUAUCCUAAUCUUUAAUGCUAGCUGUUACUGCUGGGCUGGGGUCAUAACCAUGUUUACUGAUAAUGAGUUUGUGCAGGGCCGCCAUCAGAGCAUGACAACCGCAACGGUUGUCAUGGGCCCGGCGGUCCUUGGGGGCCCGGACUGCUCAGGUCGUCCGGGCCCCACAUUCAGUGGGUACAUACCGGGUCGCAGGGGGCCCUGCGACCCGGUAUGUACCCACAGGGCCAGCCUCUUCUCCUGGGGGGCCCAGCAGCCGGUCACCUCAGGGCCCCCCAGAGGCUGGCCCUGCUGACACCCGGCGGGCCGGCGCGCGAGGGAGCACUCUCUGUGUGCUUAAUCUUCAGCUCCCUCGCGCACCGUACUGAUGCCGGAGCCGGAAGAUGACGUCAUCUUCCGGCUCUGGCAUUAGUACGCGGCGCGCGAGGGAGCUGAAGAGGAAGCACACAGAGAGUGCUCCCUCGCGCGCCGGACGUCUGCAGGGAGAAAAUGAGUGAGUGAGUGAGGGGGGAGAAAAUUUGUGGGAGUGGGGGGGAGAGGGAGGGAAGAAAAUUGAGUGGGCAGGGAGAGGGAGGGAGGAAAUUUGAGUGGGGGAGAGGAAGGGAGGAAAUUUGAGGGAGAGGAAGGAAAUUUGAGGGAGGGAGAGGAAGGAAAUUUGAGGGGGGAGGGAGAGGAAGGAAAUUUGAGGGGGGGAGGGAAAGGAAGGAAAUUUGAGGGGAGGGAGGAGAGAAGAAAUUUGAGGAGGGGGGGAGAGGAAGGAAAUUUGAGGGAGGGAGGGAGGAAGGAAAUUUGAGGGGGGAGGGAGGAAGGAAAUUUGAUGGGUGGAGAAGAAGGAAAUGAGAGGGAGGGGGAGAAGAAGGAAAUGAGAGGGAGGGGGAGAAGAAGGAAAUAGACGGGGGUAGGGGGAGAGAUUGACAUCCAUCACACACACACACAAUGCACCCCUUGCACACAGAAAAACACACAAUACAUUACACACAGACACAUACACAAGCAAUGCAUCCCUUACACACAGCAACACACAAUGCACCCCUUACACACACUCAGUGCAUCCCUUACAGACGCACACACUGCAUCCCAUACAUACACAAACUCACCUUGGAGCCCUUACACAUGCAAACACAGAUUCACACAAUGCAUUCCUUACACACAUCAGGACAUCCCCCCCCACACACACACCCCUGUGAACAAACUCAUUGGUGAAACAUAAAGGUGGACCCUGGGACCCAGACCUUGAGCUGUGUAAAGGGCCCUCAAAAAAAAUGGUGCUGCUCCCCGUUCUCCCAGAACAUUGAUUUUUGUGACCACAGUCAGGGCCGCCAUCAGGGGGUGACAACCAUAACGGUUGUCACGGGCCCGGCGGCCCUGGGGGGCCCGGCCACCCGGGCCCCACAUGUGGGUCCCAUCGGAUGGCCACACACUUAGGGCCACCCGAUGGGCCCUAAAUCUUCAGUAGCCCGGUCAGCCAAAAAAAAGUCGCAAGUGCUGCUGGGAGGAAGUGGUCACUUCCUCCCAGCCCACUCCACGCGGGAGGAGCGCGCGGCCGGUUAAGUGGGAGAACCAGGCAGUGAAGAGGGAGCCGCGCCGACUCCCAUCAUCCCCAGCCACCCUCCUGCAAAGAAAAGGUAAGAGACAGGAGGGUGGCUGGAAAAUGAGCUGUGUGUGUGUGUCUGUAUGCAUGUCUGUCUGUAUGUGUAUGCCUGUCUGUAUGCAUGUCUGUCUGUGUAUGUAUGUCUGUGUGUGUCUGUAUGUAUGUGUAUGCCUGUCUGUAUGCAUGUCUGUCUGUCUGUCUGUAUGCAUGUAUGUCUGUCUAUGUAUGUAUGUAUGUGUAUGUCUGUCUGUCUGUAGGCAUGCAUGUAUAUCUAUGUUAUGUAUGUCUGUCUGUGUAUGUAUAUCUGUCGGUCUGUAUGCAUGUAUGUGUAUGUAUGUCUGUCUGUAUGCAUGUCUGUGUGUGUCUGUAUGUAUGUCUGUGUGUAUGUCUAUGUUUGUCUGACUGUAUGCAUGCAUGUGUGUAUGCAUGUGUGUAUGUAUGUCUGUCUGUAUGUAUGUGUAUGUCUGUAUGUAUGUCUAUGUAUGUAUGCAUCUAUGUCUGUCUGUAUGUCAUUAUAUAUGUAUGUCAGUAUGAAUGUAUGCCUGCAUAUCAUUAUGAACGUAUGUGUGUAUGUGUGUAUGGAUGUCUGUAUGCAUGUAUGUCUGUCAAUAUGUCUGUAUAUAUGCAUGUAUGUCAGUCUGAAUGUAUGUAUGUAUGUCUGUAUGCCCUUAUGAAUGUAUGUCUGUUUAUGUCUGUAUGCCAUUAUGAAUGUAUGUGUGUAUGGAUGACAGUGUCUGUAUGUCUGUCAGUAUGUCUGUGUGUGUGUAUGUAUGUAUGCAUAUCGGUGUCUGUAUGUAUGUAUGUGUCUUUAUGUCCUCAUGCAUGUGUGUCUGUAUGUAUGUUAGUAUGUGUCUGUCUGUCACUAUGUAUGCCUGUGUGUAUGUCUCAGUAUGUAUGCCUGUAUGCGUGUAUGUCUGUUUCAGUAUGUGUGUCUGUUAGUAUGUAUCUCUGUCUUUUUGUAUCAGUGUGUGUGUUUAUGUCUGUGUGUGUUUUCCUGUGGGCGGUAUUUGGAGGCGGACCCAGUGGGCGGUAUUUGGAGGCGGGCCCCAGGGGCCCCAGACCCUGAGCUGAGUUAGGGGCCCCAAAAUUUCUGGUGGCGGCCCUGACCACAGUUACAAAUCGCCUCCAGAGAGCCUGUUCUACACCAGACCAAUGGAGCCAGACGGCAGCUAGAGCCCAUCAUCAACCUCAUCUGGUUGUAAGUAGGCAAUCUAGUAUAUUAUUCGUGGCACUAAGCUCUAAUUUACCUCACAUUAAAGGGACACUAUAGUCCCCAGAACCACUGCAGCUUAAUGUAGUGGUUCUGGUGUCUAUAGCCUGUCCCUGCAGGCCUUUAAUUGUAAACACGGCAGCACUGUGUUAGUUAACAUGGCAGAUCAUAUGGGUGGGGCAUUGUGAUGUCACAUGGGAGGCGGCAAACUUUACUUUUGUCUAGGGCGGCAAAAAUCCUUGCACCGGCCCUGCAGACACUGCAUCCCUGUGGGUGGACUCAGGGGGGGAGACUCGGGUGCAGGCACCGGGGGGCCCAGACCUUGAGCUGUGUCAGGGGCCCCAAAAUUUCUGAUGGCAGCCCUGAGUUUGUGCUCCGUGUUGGAGUAUUAUCUGUCUGUAAUGGUAAUCCUGGUGUAUCCCUGUUUUCUAAAUAAUUAACAUUCAUUUCUCCCAGAGGCCUCAUCUCUCCAGACUACACCCUGUGAUACCCCAUGUUAAAGGGACACUAUAGUCACCAAAACAACUUUAGCUUAAUGAAGCAGUUUUGGUGUAUAGAUCAUGCCUCUGUGUCACUGCCCAAUUAUCUGUCAUAUCAGAGUUAAAUCACUUUUGUUUGUUUAUGCAGCCCUAGCCACUCAAAUCACCUGGCUGUGACACACACAACCUGUAGAAGGCAAAAUGGCUUGAUUUUCUAUCAGUUAUAACUAACUUUAAAAGUUGUGUUUUUUUUUUUUUAAAUCUCCUGCUCUGUAAAUUGAACUUUAAUUACACACAUGAGGCUAUUAAAGCAGGAAAUAAUAAAUUAUAUUAUUCCAUACGUACUGUAGGAAUGUUUGAUGCUAAGUUUUCACAUUCAUAUAAGAGAAGUGCUUCAGAUCUCACCAGACACACCAAUCCCCGUCCUGUAUGAACUCAAUGAUAGGAAGGAUAUACCCUUCCAUACACCAACAAGCCUUCUCCCAGCCAUAUCCUUUUUUUAUGGGGUUUUGCCUUACCCUUACGGAUUGUGAGUUUCUUACCAUCUUGAAACAUUUGUUUACAUUUUAGGUGGCUCCCCCCCCCCCACCUUGCCACUCCUAGAGUGUUAACCAGUCAGGUUACUUAGGGGGUGGGUUGAUGACCCUGUAUGCCCUUCUCUGUGACCUCCCACAGAGAACAGCUGAUGGUACUUGUUAGUUAAUGAUAAGGACAUAAAGCUGACAGACAAGCUGCCCACAGUAGUAUGCUCCUGACGACAGCGUGCUGACACGCGAAACGCGUGUCAAUCUUUCUGUUUCUUUCCUUUCACACCUCACUAGGUAGCACAAUUUUCAUACCAUUGUGUUUAUCUUCUUUUUAGGGAGGUUUAUUUCACGUUUUUCUUUUUCUUUGGCAAGCUGUAAUAGGGAGAGAUGGUUUAGGUAGACAUUAGUGGCUUGUCCACCGUGUCGAGGUAAUCUAAGGGAAGGCCUUCUAAGUUUUUGUUAGGUUUGAUUAGAUUCUCCAAUCUCCUACUUAUCUUUCCCUCUUACCUGACAUAUCUGCCUAUCCAUUUAGUCAGUUGCUAGAGGGAACGGGGUACUUUAGCACCAUAAUCAUGGUAGUAACAGUAGUUACAUUUUUGUUACACUAUAUUCAAGAGCUAAAUUGUCUUCCUCUGGUUCCCCCCAUUUCCUGUGAGUUAGAGCACUGUAGCUCACAUAUCCCCGUUGCACCGUUUAGCUAAUCUGCCUUUUUUCCUUUUGGCUUGCCUUUUAUGCAUAUUCCUAGAUUGAUUAAAAGUUGGGUUUCCUUCCCUUUUCCCUCUUUUUAUAUUUUUAUGCCAGUGAAGCCCCUGCCACUAGUCUCCCUCAGUGGGACACUAUAUUUCCCACUUUUACGCUAUUAGAGGGUUAUGCCCUCAUCCUAUGAGCUCCACUAUAGGUGGUCACAGGGCUGCAACCCACUAGCCCUUAAUUUGCAUCCAGGCUCCUGGACUGCACUGCUGUUUUCCUUUAUCCUUUGUUAUAUACAAUAUAAGCAAAGGUAGCUGUCAAUAAGCUACAGUUUCUACUGGAACAAAGGUCUAGUUCUCACCCCAAAAAAGGCUAUUUGAGACCAAAGGGGCCUCACUCCUUGGCAAGGACCCAAAUCUAUAUCUAUAUCUUAAUGUUAACCAGCUUGACAGUCUAUGGGGAGAAAUAUCCAAAAAUACAGAAUACAUAAAAACCGGGCUGGGGAAAAAACAAGAUGAUGUGGGAAAAAAAAAAAAACAAACUCUAUCCAUUUCAGUUCAUUGACGUGGUCUGCGUGCAGUGCCCCUGUCAGUUUAACCUUGCCAUAGUAAUUGUUGCAGUUAUCGAGAAACUGCAAUAAUAACCUUGCAGGGUUAUCUCCACCUCUAGUGGCUGUCUAAAAGUCACUAGAGAUGUCUCCAGAUGAUGAGGAAACUUUUGGUUGCCUAACUGACACUGGACUUCCUCACUCUAUGCAUGACGACAUCAGCGUCCUAUAGGAUUGCCCUAAUGCGAUCACUAGUUAGUGCCGAGGCAGAGCCUGACCCUCGGCAUUGGGUUUAGGUAAGUGACAAACCUAAGAGGUUAUAACAAACUGGAGCCUGUUUUCCUUAGGACGUUUGGUUCUGACCUACACUGUCUGGCAAUUCUUUUCCAAUAUGGAACUAACAAACGCGAUACCACUGCUCCAUAUCAGUACUUAGUUGUUCCAUUCAGCUAUAUGAAUAUGUGAAAUCUCUAACAAAGUCAGUCCUAAAACACUUUUUUUUCUUCUUCUCUGUCCCUAUUCCACCUCCCUCUAUUUGUAGAAACUGCAAACAGUCAAGAACUUCCACCUGUGGGAAAAGAAUCAGAACCACCUACUUGCCCAGAACCUGGUAGGUCUAUUGCUUUAGUUACAGGGUCCCUCCCAAAUAAUGUAAAUAUAAAUAUUUUGAUAGAUGCUGGAUACACCAUCUUGUAUCUGGCUCAUUGUGGAAGUUGGCCACAACAAAAGCCAGUUCCAAACACUCCUGUAGGUUGAAUAUGCUAUACUUACUGUUUUUACAAAGUACUGAUACAAUAACGGCAGUAAAAAUAUGCCUCUUGUCUCUCAAACCUCCCAUCAUUUAGCCCCUAUGAACAGGUUUUAUAGUACAGACCGCACUCAUUACCUUUUUAUUAGGGACAGGGCCAGUUCCUUACAGUGUGGUCUAGUGAACAUGUAGCACCUCCACCAACUUGGUGUUCUAGAAGACACAUUGGAAUUUUGUAUACAUAUCCAAUCUUUCCUAUUUACCCAAUCUAUUUUCAGAGAUUGCAGAAUGUCAAGCUAUCCCUCCUCCGGUUCCUGAUGCAGAAGAGUCAGAACAGCCUAAAACCGACCCAGAACCUGGUAUGUCCAUGUCUAGUCAGAUUUCCUUUUCUGCCUUUCUGUACAACUCUCUCUACAACAUGGAUUCAACAAUGCUGAGUGAUUUUUCUCAAGAUCCCUACCUUUCUUUUCUAUAUCUAUAGAUAUGUAAAUAUUUUAAUUGUGAGCAGUCUCUUGUCAUGGUUAGUAGUAAUGUCGUUGUUGUGACUGUGCUGUAGAUGGACUCCAGACACAAUAUAUGUGUACUAACCAGCCACAAUGAAAAAACAUACCUAAUAAUGCACUUUCUGACUCUCCUAACUCUUUAUUCAGUACUGGGGCAACUCCUGCAACUUUAAUUUACCUUCAAUUUGACUUAUAAUUACGAUUAUCACUAAAUGCAAACAUAAUUAACAUUUAUUUAUUUUUACUUUAUUUGUGGCUUUGUGCAUCCUUGUUGAACUCCUUAUAUUAAAAAUAUUAAGAAUCCCGUUUUUGGUUAGGGGACAAAAUGAGAAAUUCGUAUAGACGUCUAGUAUGACCGUCUCUGAGAACCGUACUAAUUCCUCUCAUUUAAUGUAAAUCCUCCCCUCUGUUUCAGUACCAGAAUUUGAGAUUUGUUACGUGCCUGCACCUGAGCCAUCUCCACCUGCACCAGUCUUGCUGACCGAUGACGUAUCUAACACCACUAACACAGAGCCUGGUAAAAGUGGGACCGGUGCUAUUUAUGUGACUGGUCUCCUUUUCAACCAUCAAAUUAACUGUUUUAUAUCCUAACCUUUAAUGCUAGCUGUUACUGCUGGGCUGGGGUCAUAACCAUGUUUACUGAUAAUGAGUUUGUGCUCCGUGUUGGAGUAUUAUCUGUCUGUAAUGGUAAUCCUGGUGUAAUCCUGUUUUCUAAAUAAUUAACAUUCAUUGCUCCCAGAGGCCUCAUCUCUCCAGACUACACCCUGUGAUACCCCAUGUUAAAGGGACACUAUAGUCACCAAAACAACUUUAGCUUAAUGAAGCAGUUUUGGUGUAUAGAUCAUGCCUCUGUGUCACUGCCCAAUUAUCUGUCAUAUCAGAGUUAAAUCACUUUUGUUUGUUUAUGCAGCCCUAGCCACUCAAAUCACCUGGCUGUGACACACACAACCUGUAGAAGGCAAAAUGGCUUGAUUUUCUAUCAGUUCUAACUAACUUUAAAAGUUGUUUUUUUUUUUUUUUUAAUCUCCUGCUCUGUAAAUUGAACUUUAAUUACACACAUGAGGCUAUUAAAGCAGGAAAUAAUAAAUUAUAAAUUAAACAGAAUUUGCAAUAAAGGAAGUAUAAACAUGACAUGACUCUUUACAGGAAGUUUUUAGGAGGGCUAUGUAAGUCACAUGCAGAAAGGUGUGACUAGGGCUGCAUGAACAAAGAGAUUUAACGAUCUAUACACCAAGACUGCUUGGUUAAGCUAAAGUUGUUUUGGUGACUAUAUUGUCCCUUUAAAUAGUUAUAUCAUUGUAUUUGUGGCUUAUGCUCUCCCUACAGUUUUUUUAAAAUGAGUAUUCAAUACAGUAUUGGAACUCAGUAUACAGUAUCUCACAAACGUGAGUACACCCCUCAUAUAUUUGUAAAUAUUUAAUUAUAUCUUAUGUGACAACACUGAAGAAAUGACACUAUGCUACAAUGUAAAAUAGUAAGUGUACAGCCUGUAUAACAGUGUAAAUUUGCUGUCCGCUCAAAAUAACUCACAUCCAUUAAUGUCUAAACUGUUGGCAACAAAAGUGAGUACACCCCUAAGUGGAAAUGUCCAAAUUGGGCCCAAUUAGCCAAUUUUUCUCCCCAGUGUCAUGCGACUCGUUAGUGUUACAAGAAGCAGGUGUGUUACAUUUGGUGUUGCUCUCAUACUGGUCACUGGAAGUUAAACAUGGCACCUCAUAGCAAAGAACUCUCUGAGGAUCUGAAAACCAAAUUGUUGAUCUACAUAAAGAUGGCUUAAGACCCUGAAAAUGAGCUGCAGCAUGGUGGGCAAGACCAUACAGUGGUUUCACACAGGUUCCACUCAGAACAGGCCUCGCCAUGGUUGACCAAAAGUUGAGUGCACAUGCUCAGCGUCAUAUCCACAGGCUGUCUUUGGGGAAAUAGACGUAUGAGUGCUGCCAGCCUUGCUACAGAGGUUGGGGGGGAGGAGGUCAGCCUGUCAGUGCUCAGUCCUUAAUCACACACUGCAUCAAAUUUGGUCUGCUUGGCUGUCGUCCCAGAAGGAAGCCUCUUCUAAAGAUGAUGGACAAGAGAGCCCACAAACAGUUUGCUGAAGACAAGAAGACUAAGGACAUGGAUUACUGGAAUGUCCUGUGGUCUGAUGAGACCAAGAUAACCAUAUUUGGUUCAGAUGGUGUCAAGCAUGGUGGUGGGAGUGUCAUGGUCUGGGCCUGCAUGAGUGCUGCUGACACUGGAGAGCUACAGUCCAUUGAGGGAAACAUGAAUGCUAACAUGUGCUGUGACCUAUUGAAGCAGAGCAUGAUCCCUUCCCUUCAGAGACUGGGCCACAAGGCAGUAUUCCAACAUGAUAACCCCAAACACACCUCCAAGACGACCACUGCCUUGCUAAAGGUGAUGGACUGGCCAAGCGUGUCUCCAGACCUAAACCCUAUUGGGUAGCUGUUGGAGAGCGUAAGGUCUCCAACAUCCACCAGCUCCGUGAUGUCCUCAUGGAAGAGGACUCCAGUGCCACCCUGUGAAGCUCUGGUGAACUCCAUGCCCAUGAGGGUUAAGGUAGUGCUGGAAAAUAAUGGUGUCCACACAAAAUAUUGACACUUGGGCCCAAUUUGGACAUUUCCACUUAGGGGUGUACUCACUUUUGUUGCUAACGAUUUAGACAUUAAUGGCUGUGUGAGUUAUUUUGAGGGGAUAGCAAAUCUACAUUGUUAUACAGGCUGUACAGUUACUACUUUACAGUGUAGCAGUGUUUUCACAUGCAAUAUUUACAAAAAUGUGAGGGGUGUACUCACUUUUGUGAGAUAUUGUAUGUCACCAAUGGGAGAUGUAUAACUAACAUAAUUUUUUUUUUCUUCUUAAUUUCAUUAUCAACAUGUCAUGGAAGAUUUGGCCAAGUGCAUGUGUGCAAUCCUUUAGGGCAUUUAACGAUCCUUUAGGACAAUUUAGCGAGCCAUAUAUUAUCCCUAUGACGCUCUAAAUACCUUGUUCCAAUUGCCUCUAAUGUAGAUCUCAUUCAAUACACAUUCUCUUACAACUCUAGGCCUUUUAACAAUAUUGCUCCAAUUCUUUCACAUCCCUCAUUCAUGACCCAAGAAUUUGCUACUUGUUUAAAUGGCAAGGAUCGGGAACUUGCUUGUCUCUAUAGCUUCCGGUUUACUAUGUGUGCAGCCACAUGGCCCUGUGAUCCUUUCCUAUCCACUUAAUAUUUUCACUUGUAUUUAAUAUCUUACUUUAUUUACCUUCAAGCACACACUUUAUUCUAUCAAACUAUUAUCCACUCUCGUUUCCCUGUUAAUCAACAUCGUUAUUUCAAGGAGUUUAGAUUAUUUCACUCUUCUCUGACUGUCUUGCAUUUGUGUCUGUAAAGCGGAAAAAACCCCACCAAAACAACCAUACAAAAGCUGUUUUAAUGACAUGAUCUUGGCAAAAUGUAAAUGAACUUCCCUACGAAGUCGAGACUGUUAAACUUCUCUACCUACUUUACUCCAUAGACAUUUGAUAUAUUUCUGGUUAUCUCCAAUUGUUCCUUCUCUUCCUAUUGCACCUUCCUCUUAAUGAAAAUGUUUACUCUAAUCCUUUAUCACUACACAUCUUCUCUUGGCCAUCAUAUACUUUUUAUGAGUUAUAAUCAAACUUGCCUGUCCUAUAAUUAUUUGUAGAAGAUGAACAAUGUAGUAACCAGGACAUCUUAUUCGUUCUGUCUGGGUUUCGUGUGCAGUUUUUAAUCUUUAUUUUACUCUUUAUUCAAUGUAUCCAGUGUUGCUAUAGAAUAUAUUGUUGCUAUAUGGGUAAAGAUAAUCCUUAGCAUGAACCAAUACAUUAUUAUAUUAUACUAGAUAACGCUGUAAGUAGGGGUUGGCUCCUCCACAAAGUGAAUUCAGCUGCUGAAUAUAUCUGAGUUGGUCUCUACAUUCCUCUUCUGAUUCUAGAAAUAGCUGUCUGUCCGAUUUAUGGACCAGCAACUACACAAGAAAACAAUGAUGAAUCCAAACCUUCUGAAGAUUCAAACCCUGGUUAGUUUGGAAGAUUCUGACUGUAGUAGGGGAGGAGGGAGGGGAAUGAAAUGAGGGGCUGUAAACUAAUUUUAUGGAACUACAAAUCACAAAACAAGCAAAACCGUUUAUUCAUUAUGUUUUCAUUUAUUUUGUGAUAUGUUAAUAUGGCUUUUCAAAGCUACAGACACCGAAUGCACAAAUCUACUUGGCUUAUACCCUCACCAGAUCUUCAUUAAAAAAAAAAAUCUACACCUUACAAAAACCCCUACAGUUUUUCUGUCUUCUUGUAUUUGUCCCCUCUUCUUGUGAACUUAGACUUUAUACUUCACUUAUUGGCACUGAUCUUAAACCCAACUGUCUGGUUUCAGUGUGUGGUUGUUCUGCUCUUUACUCUGUAUGUUGUACUGCUGUACAAUUUAUUGAUGUAAUGAAGAUAAUCCUGAGAACAUAUUGUAUUAAUACUGUAAGUAGGACUAGGCUCCUCAGUGAUGUGAGCUGCAAAAUAUAUAGUAUUUGACUUGGUCUCAAUGUAUUCUUGAUUCUAGAUGUAGCUGGACCAGAAACUACACAAGAAAACAAUGAUGAAUCCAAACCAUCUGAAGAGCCAAAACCUAGUAUGUUUAGAAGUUUUCAAUUUUAGUAACCCUUCUCCUCUUAACAAACAUAGCAUAGACCUUCAUAGAAUCUUCACACCAUCAAGGAUACCUUCUAUACAAAACCCUCCACAACCUGGCUUUUAUUUAUUUUUUGUCCCCUCCCCCCCCCGACCCUUCCCAAUCUCUUCUGACAGGUUUACACUCUCCACAUCGCUCCUCAAUUACUGUUUAAGGCUCUGCACACGCUGUCUUGAACUCUUAAGAUGACACGACCCAUUGUAAAUGUUUUACUAAAUCAUUCUAAAGGCCUCUAACAAGGCCCCCUCUAUUACUAUUAGCCCAUUAAAUCCACCAUCUGGCACAUAGAAAUCCAUAGUGUAACUGUGUUUCUUUACUCACGCGUGGAAUCCAAAAACUGGAGGAACACCUUUUUUGCUCCCCUCAAACGCAAUUGUUUAAUGACAUCGUGGACACUGGAAAGGAUCUAAUUAGUAUCUUAUUUUUUCACAUUUUAUUUUUAUUAUAGUGUUGUAGAAUUUAUUUGUGCUAUAUAGGUGAUGAGGAAGAUAACACAGAGAUCUUACCAAUAAUUGAGUGUGUUAUACUAGAUAAUACUGUGAGUAGGGUUAUCCUCCUCCUUCCAGAGUGAAUUCAGCUGCAAAAAAUCUGAGUUUGUCUCCAUGUAUUCCUCUCCUGAAUCUAGAAAUAGCUGUCUGUCCAAUUUUUGGACCAGCAACUACACAAGAAAACAAUGAUGAAUCCAAGCCAUCGGAUUCAGAACCUGGUAAGUUUAGGAGCUUUCAGCUUUUCAAACACUUCUCCUGUUAACUGCUGUCUUACUUCUAAUGUUUAUUGCUAUGAAUGUUGUAGUUGUACUACUUCAAAGAACGUCAGCAAAAUUUUUCUAAAUGUGUCUUUUCAUAUGUAUUAACUAGUCUAACCAAUGUGGCCAUAUGUAAAUGUCCUAAUGACCUGUGCCGUCUCCUGGUUCUGAUAUGAUAUACUAGUUUAAGUACCCGCCUCCUGGUCUGUGUUUAUGCUUGAAAUGGGGCGAGUUUAACUAAUACUAGUGUAACUUCUGCAUGUUGGCCGUCUUAAGGAACACUUUAUCAUUGAAUACAUCUUUGUAUUCAUAACACUAACGUGCUCUGCAGUCCCCUCCCUGGGUCCCUGCUAGCUGUAAAGGGUUAUAAUAAACCUUUAUUCACUUACCUGAUGCCGCGCUCCUCUUCCUCAAACGUCUUCCAAAAGAGGAGAUAAUGCACAUUAGGCCUUCACCAUAGGAAAGCAUUGCCUCACUGCUUUCCUAUGGGGCUCUAUCUGACAUUGGACGUCCUCAUGCAGAGCGUUGGGACAUUCAGAGUCACUCUGUGACACUCCAGGUAGCGCUUAUAAUAGCUGUCUGUAGACUGCCACUAGAGGCAGUCUUAAUACUCUAAAACUGCAAUGUUUCACAUUGCAGGACUAUGGGUGAUGGGGACACUGCACCCAGACCACUUCAAUGGUAUGAAGUGCCUAUAGUGUGCUUUAAGCAUAUAGAACUUUGGUAUAACUAUUUAGGGGACUGAGUGGACCACUGUAUAAAAUUGACAAUGAUUCUUCAUAAGUGAUGGUGAAGAUAGGGCAGUCAGUGGGUGUGAAGAAAAUCCUAGGUUUAAAUCAAACAAUUUCUGAACAAAGGCAUGCUAGGCAGCAUAGCAUCAUGUUUUUGUUGAUUAGAAUGACUGACAUAUGUUGUACUUAGCUGCUCUCCCUAAAACUAGAUCUUGUGUAUCUAAUGAUUAUCUGGUCUCUACCUCCAGUUGCUAUAGCCUGCCCAUUGGAACCACCACUAGAAAAUCCAGGUCAAUCAGAACCUUCUAAAGAACCAGAACCUGGUUAGUAUGUUUGUGCAAUUUGUUUCCAUGUUCAAUUCUGUAUUUAAUGUUUUUUGUUGCCAAGUUCUGUCUGCCAGUCUCUCUAGUCUGAGUGGUCAGUUCGAACUGACACGCCAUCUGACUGUUUGGGGCUCAUUGCUUUUAGUAAGAUCUGGUGUGGGUUUGUUAUCUCUUUGUAGAUAGUGGUAGGCUGUUUGUUUUUUCGGAAACUUCAGCAGUCUAGGCCAGCACAUUCUCUAAUUUCCUGCCUACGGGCACUGUUUUUAUUUAAUUGGUAGAUCUGUGUAUGUUCAGUUGGUCUCUGUAUUGGCAGAAUACAUUGGUUCAGUUUGUUAUAAGGAAACCUCAUGGUAAGUUUCAGGUGUAACUAAUAACUAUAUCUCCAUACUUGUACUAGUAUCUACUUACUUGUAUUACAGGUACACUAUCUGCAAUCACAAAACUAUCUUGACAGCCAGGAUAAAUCCAGAUAAUUUGUUGCAGAGCUGUAACAGUGGAAAGUGGGGAAUUUGAAAACUUAAAGGAGCACUAUAGGAGUAUUAGCUCCACCCCUCCUGCUGGGCUUAAGGGGUUAAAACCCCUUCAGCCACUUACCUUAAUUUAGCACCGGGAUCCCUCGUUGCUCGUGACCUCAGCUCCAAAUGCACAUGCACAGCAAGAGCAGUGCGCGCAUCCAAACCACCCAUAGGAAAAGCAUUACUUAAUGCUUUCCUAUAAACGUCAGCGUCAUCUCCGUAUGAUUUUUCAGAAUCGCGGUAGACAGCCACUAGAGGCUGGAUUAACCCUCAAUGUAAACAUAGCAGUUUCUCUGAAACCUAUUUUCAGCUGCAGGGUUAAAAACAGGGGGACCUGGCAGCCAGACCACUUUAUUGAGCUGAAGUGGUCUGGGUGCCUAUAGUGGUCAUUUAAUGUGAGCCUUCCUUGUGCACCCCAUAUUCCUUUGUCCUCUCUUUGGUGAGAGUUGAAGUCAGACACUCUGUACAUCCAUGGAGUUGCCUUUAACAGGGCUGGAUCAACUGGAAGAGGGACUGUGCUCUCCUUGCAAACCUUGAAAAAGGAGAACUGCCCACCGUCAGAGGACCCAGAAAAUACUGGAGCAUAUGUAGUACUUAGAACGUUAAUAUCCUGACCUAAACAGCCAAGUGGGUGAAGUUAUUGGUAUGCUCCCAUAUUUUGUCCAGGAAAACCUAUUUUUUUUUUUUUUUCCCAAAACUGCUUAAAGCAUACACUUUUUUUUUUUUUAACCCCUUAAGGACCGAACUUCUGGAAUAAAAGGGAAUCCUGACAUGUCACACGUCAUGUGUCCUUAAGGGGUUAAACAUACAACAGAAAAUCCCUGUACAAAUUUGUAUUCUUGUGAGCGUGUAUUUAUACAGCAGGGAUAGAAGUUGGGUACCAUGAGAGCUCAAUUUCUAGUCAAGCAGUUUACCCAAAAACUGGAGGAUCACUACACUAUGUUAUAGUGCUCAUUAGACUUUAUUUUCUAUUUUUUGUUUUGAGCUAAUCUAAAUCACUUUUUUUUUUUAAUUUUUAUUUAUCCCCACUGGAAUAAAUAAAUCUGGCCGUGAUUUACUUGGCGUCUUAUUCAAUGGAUUACAAGAAAUUGAUUCGGACAAAAGCCUAAAAUCGUUUCCAAAAUGCAAUAUCUAGGAUAGGGUUGUUUAAUUGGCUGUCAGGUCAAUAAAAAAGGGAAUUGGGGGCAUAUACUGUUUCCGGAGGAAUAACCGGAAAAAACUGCAGAAGCCACACAUAGAGAUAUGGACCCAAGUCUUCAGGAAGUAACAGGUCUUGGACACUGAUCGGGUCUCAGAUGAACUCCUGUUUCAAAAAUAUUUGAGAGGCAGAAAGCAUGGUGCAGAGGCCCUUUGUUAGCAGCAUAUCCCCUCCCAUAAAGUAUAACCCCUCCUAUAUUCUUCAGACCAAUCAGCACACAGGAAAUUCAGGAUCACCUUAUAUGGGCAGAGCACAUGGCUUGUUAAAGACAAAGGAAUGUACUAUCCACUUCCACACAUGCUCAGUAUACUGAUGACUCAUCCAGCUGUUUGUAAUCAGAUACUAAUUAGCAUGCGCAACGUGGAGAUUUCGGCCUUCUAAAUUUUGACAAUGCAGGAAUCCCAUCACAAUACAAAAUACAGAUUAAGGAACAGCGCACAUGACUUUAAAAGCUGCCAAAUCAAUGGCACCUUAAAAGGUCCUUGCAGUUUGUACUCAUUCCCUUUCAGAUCUGAUACAUCCAGUGACUCAGAAAAAUAUAAUAUGUGCAGGCAUACAUGCAGUAGGAUAGUGAGUGAUGCACACAUUUAUCCUCCAAACCAUGUAUCCCUUUAAGCUAAAAACUGCAUUGUUGGUGAGUCUAUACACACACUUCAUGACCCAUAGUUUGAGUCAAAAUACAGAGCCUUAAUAAAAUCUAACUUACUCCUUUCUAAUGUGAUCUGGCUGUCCAGUCAUGCAGUAAAAACCCUCCCUAUUUCACAUGUAUUUUUAAACUUUAGUAAAUUUAAUAUUUCUUUUUCUCCGUUCUAGAAAGCAAAGAUCCUGAGGAGACGCCUCUUUCUCGGCUGCUUUCUCUACAAAAUUCCGACGGGUUCUGGGCUCCCAAUGAGAAACUGGCCUCUGCCUUGGGAGUAUCGGAGGGCUUCAAUGAAAACCGUCCAGAGGUAACGAUCACUGCUGUGGUAAACUAAAUGAUUGUAUGGUUCAGAUUAUCCAACUAUCUCUAAUUUUAAAUCCAUGAUAAACAUGUUCUGUAUAGCAUCUUUCCUUACAUUUAUUUACUAGACCACAUUUAUUGAAAUGCCUUUCAUGGAUCGCUUGUGCCAGAAAAAGGUAGUAAACAAAAUAAAAAUAAAAAAUAGAUUUUAUUUCCUGACACCACUUCCUGUAUUACCAGCAGCUGCAUGAUACACACGGUUUUCUUUUAACUACUGGGACUGUAUAAUUCCUUAUUCUCUAUCAGAAGUUCCAUUGUCCACGUAGGUCCAAGGACUAGGUGUGCUAUACAAAGAUCUAUUCAAAAUAAAUGGACUGAUUAGAAAAUGUAACUUUUAUAGUUAAAACAUUCCAUUCCUUGUUACUCAGGCAAUUUGUCAGCUGAACAAUACAAAAGGAUUAAUCCUACUACAAAGCAAUAAUUGGUAUUGUGAUAAGACUAUUGAGGAGAAGUUGGAACAGGGCAGUUACUAACCCUCAUUCAUUAUUAAUUUAUAUAUAUAUUUUUCAACCCGUAGCUUCUUUACUGGCCUAAAGGUUAAUUAUAGAGUUAAUUUGUCACCAGGAGUCUUCAUUCUACAUGUACUCAUGGAAGUGAGCCCUAGUUUGUUGCCAUACUUAUAAACCAUACCCAGAGGAUGGUGUGCCUGCUCCCUUUGCCAGGCUGGGGUAAAUAUAUCUUCUAAUCUCUUCCAGGAAGCCGAUGUUCCAUUUUGGGCUACUGUCCUAGCGGUGCUUUCACUUCAUGGAUCUUUCACCGAGCAGAAGGAAGAGUGGGGUUCUCAGGGAGAGAAGGCGGUGUCAUGGCUCCAGUCCAAAAAUGGUAAUGUGUCAAUGGUUGUUACUGUGUAAUGACGACUAGAUUGGAAUUAACCACUGGUAGCUGCACACAGCAAGCCAGUAACAAGCUGUCUGACAUUGGUGGAAGUUGAUUGGAUUUGUAUGUGUACUUUUAGCACGCAUAACUAGUUUUAUUCAACAGCUUCUUAAAAGCAUUUACAACGUCACAUGGACCAUCUAAAAUGCUAAAGACCUCCCACUUUUCCUCUCUAUAUUGUUCCCAUGGUGAAAGGAUAGACAUUUAGAGGUACCUUGUAAGUCACAACUUUCUCACUUUUGUCCAAGCUUAGAUCUGUUUUUACUUACAGAACCUGCCUUGAAUGAUUUGGUCAAAGCUGGGAAUGAAUUGCUGAAAACGUCUGUGGAAGUUGCUGUAUUUGGCUUGUGAAAGGAGACCAUACUGACCAUGGGAUGGAUGGGAUACGAAGUCCUCUCUGAUACUGAAAUAUUCCUGCCAUACAUGUUCUCUCGCUGGCAUUCAGAAUGUAACCAUUAAAUUCCUUUAACCUGUAGACAAGGCUGCCUGUCUUUAUUACUCCUGCCUGGCCUUAAU